GCUUAGUUAAUAGUGGCAUCGUCGUUAAUGAAGUAUGGAGAUUUUGGAAUUUUGUCCUUUGGCGCUGUCAUUAUGGAGAUUUUGGGCUUUCUUCCUUCACUGUUUGGUUUGCUGAAAUGAGUAUAUUGGUUUCCUUUGCUGAAACAGAUAUGUCGCUUGGUAUCUUUGUUGGGGCCUUCGUCACUUGUCUUGAUGUUAUAAGAUAA